UGGUUCCGCAGUGUAAAGGUUUUGAAGUUAAAAUCCAAGGUCCAGUGAAGAACAAGGAGGGAGCUGUCAUAGGAGUGACGGAACAUUGGGAGAUCAACGAUGUGUCCGGAGCUAAAAUUCAAUGUCUUAGACAUCGAGCUGUCGGUUGUUCAAUGAUAUGUAACGAGCGCGAGUCCAAGUGUCGAAAUUGUGAAAAUAUUCGCAGUCAUUGUCACAGGAGAUUGAAUAAUGUAGAAUGCAGUUCAGACGAAAAACAAGURAAAAAGAAGAGACUUUCGUAUAUGAGCCAAGAGGAGUUAACAAGCAGACUCCAGGCAGAGCAGACACGUGCAAAGAAUGCAGAAAGGAAAGCAGAAAGAGCGAAAGACAGGAAAAAAGAAAUCGAAGAAGAAAUGGAGCAAUUUACUGAAGACGAUCAUAAUGAUUUCAAGGACAUGUUUGAAAGACUGGAAGGGAAUAACAUUCCAGAAGAAAUGAGAAUGUUCUGGGAAGCACAGAAAGAAGUUCUAGAAAAAACAGAUGCAAGAGGAAAUAGAUGGCACUCGAAGAUUAUAAGCCUUUGUCUUUCUGUGUGGACCAGGAGCCCUGAUGCAUAUAAGCAAUUACAAGAAAGUGGUAUGUUCAAACUGCCAUCAGGAAGGUUGUUGUCAUUGUACAAGAACUCAGUGAGACAGAGUGCAGGACUGAAUGAUGAUGUGUUGGAUUGGCUUCUCAAAGAGGCUGAUAAGAGUAAUCUUGAUGAGUUUGGUAGAGAAGGUGGUCUGAUAUUGGAUGAAAUGUCUAUUCAGGAAGAUCUACAGAUAAAAAGUGAAAAUGGGGUGAAAAGAUUAGUAGGACUUGUGGAUUUAGGAAAAGAGCAUAACUCAAUGAAAGCUCUUUCCACAGGUACAAUGAAAAUGAGGAAUUUACCACCUAAAUGUAUAUUAUAAUUGACAUAAUUACUGUUGAAAUUUUUUAGGAGAAGAAAAAGCAGAAUUGGCAACACAUGUUUGUCAGUUUGUAUUUCUAGGUAUGACAGGUUUUCGUUUUCCCUUUGCACACUGGCCAACAAAAGAGGUAGACAGUGCAACACUGUAUAUUCUCUUUUGGAAGGCUGUGUCAAAGCUGUUGUUGAGAGGAUUUAAGAUUCUUUACUGUUGUUGUGAUGGUGGUGAAGCAAACCGUGGCUUCAUCAACAUUCACUUUGAUGGGAAAGAUCCAGUAGAGAAGAAGUUUACCAUUCGAAACCGAUAUACGAGGGAGCCUUUGAUAUUCAUUCUGGAUU